AGCAUACUACAAAAUAAACAAAUUUUUAUAUUUUACAGACUUUUCAUAUAAAAUUGUUAUUUUCUAAAGUUUUCUACAUAAAAACUAAACAAAAUGGGUAAACGACAACAUCAAAAAGAUAAAAUGUAUUUAACCUACACCGAAUGGUCGGAAUUGUAUGGUGGCAAAAAAUACGAAUCAGCGGAAAAUGAACAUAUUAAAUUUAAACGUUUACCAUUUGAUUGUUGCUGUAUCUCCCUGGUGCCCUUUGAGACACCCUAUAGUGAUUUGGAAGGCAAUGUUUUCGAAUUGGAGGCCAUACACAACUUCCUUAAGAAAUACAAAUUGAACCCGGCGACCGGUAAACCUUUGGAGGCUAAGAAAUUGAUUAAAUUAAAUUUCUUUAAAAAUGCCGAUGAUGAAUACCAUUGCCCGGCUUUAUUUAAACCAUUUACGAAAAAUUCCCAUAUAGUGGCGGUUGCCACAACGGGUAAUGUUUUCUGCUGGGAGGCCAUAGAGCAAUUGAAUAUUAAAGCCAAAAAUUGGAAAGAUUUGGUAGAUGAUACACCUUUUCUCAGAAAAGAUAUAAUUACCAUACAAGAUCCUCAGAAACUGGAAAAGUUUGAUAUUUCGAAAUUCUAUUAUAUACGUAAAAAUUUAAGGUUGCUAACUGAGGAAGAGGAAUUAGAACUGAAAGAUCCUAGUAAGAAAAUUAAAACAAUGAAUUUAGAAACUAAGGAAACAUUGGCUGAAUUGGAAAAAGAUUAUAAGCCAGCUGAGGAGAAACCUUCCACUUCCAGACAAAUGGCUGAUAAAUUUAAUGCUGCUCAUUAUUCCACCGGGGCAGUGGCAGCCAGUUUUACCUCUACCGCCUUGGCUCCGGUUUAUAAUCAUGAGGCAGCCAUUAUAGAGGAGGAUUUGGUGAAAUAUGAACGUGUUAAGAAGAAGGGAUAUGUGCGCCUAACCACUAAUUUGGGUCCUUUGAAUUUUGAGCUGUAUUGCGAUCAAGUGGCCAAGACUUGUGAUAAUUUUUUGCGUCACUGCUCUGAUGGUUACUAUACGAAAACAAAAUUUCAUCGUUCUAUAAAGAAUUUUAUGAUACAAGGCGGUGAUCCUACAGGCUCUGGCACAGGCGGUCAAUCAAUAUGGGGCACAAAAUUUGAUGAUGAGUUUAAACCAAAUUUGAGUCAUACUGGUCGUGGCAUGUUGUCUAUGGCGAAUUCAGGACCAAAUACGAAUGGUUCUCAAUUUUUUAUUACUUAUCGUUCCUGCAAACACUUGGAUGGCAAACACACUGUCUUUGGCAAACUUGUGGGUGGUCUAGACACUUUACAAAAAAUGGAACAAAUUGAAGUUGAUAAUAAAGAUCGUCCCAUUGAUGAUAUAAUAAUUGAAUCGGUACAAGUUUUUGUGGAUCCAUUCAAAGAAGCCGAAGAGCAAUUGAUUAAAGAAAGAGCAGAAGAAAUUGAAAAACAGCAGCAAGAAAUUCAUGAGGAAAAGAAACAAAAACGUUUAAAAGAACCAUUAAAAGUAUAUCGUGAAGGUGUGGGAAAGUAUUUAAAUCUACCAGCUUUAAAACAGACAAUUAAAGAAGCUACUACACCAGCCACUUCAUUAGUGGCUGGACCUAUACGCAAGAAAGCCUCAUCAAAAGCAGGAUUUGGUGACUUUUCAGCCUGGUAAAUGCUACUGUUCCAUGCCUUCCAUGUUUGUGUUGUAAAUUCUAGUAAAGAUAAAUAUGUUUGCAACUUUUUUAUACAUAUUUUAUUAAGCAACAAAAAUACUUAAUUGUUAUAAAUACACGAUUAUAAUCAUAUAUGUACAUUUUAAGUAGCAGAAUUAAUAUACAAUAUUUACAAAAUACUUAUUUAUAUAUUUCAUUAUGUAUCUAUUUUACAUAUGUAUGUAUGUAUAUUUAAUUUUGUUUAAAAUAUUGUAAUUAAGAAAAAAUUAAAAUUUUUAACAAUAAACAAAUAUAUUUUACUUGUGUAUAUUAUGAAAUAUAAAAA